CAAACGUCAAAAUUGUAACGUGAGUUGGCACAUUUUUGAAAAGCGAUUGGGGGAAGUGUAAAACAAUUCGAAUUCGAUGAUGGCUGCUCCAGCUCCAGCUCCACAAGCAAAACCCCAAAUGGACGACGAGCGGGUGAAGGCGCUGACCAGUUACCGCACCAAGCUCCUGGAGCACCGCGAGAUCGAGUCGCGUUUGAAGGCUCUGCGGGAUAAGCACAGGGUCCUGAGUGCCCAGUACGAGAAGUCCGAGGAUGACCUGAAGGCCCUGCAGAGUGUGGGUCAGAUGCUCGGGGAGGUCCUUAAGCAGCUCACCCCGGACAACUUCAUCGUGAAGGCUUCGAAUGGGCCGCGCUACGUGGUCGGAUGUCGCCGGCAGAUAAACAAGACCAAACUGAAGGCCGGGACUCGCGUCGCUCUCGAUGUGACCACCCUGACCAUCAUGCGCUAUCUGCCACGGGAAGUGGAUCCGCUGGUCUACAACAUGACCCACGAGGACCCGGGCAACGUGAACUACGCCGAGAUCGGAGGUCUUGGUGAACAGAUACGCGAGCUUCGCGAGGUCAUUGAACUGCCGCUGCUAAAUCCGGAGCUGUUCCUCCGCGUUGGCAUCAAUCCACCCAAGGGAUGCCUGCUCUACGGGCCACCUGGCACCGGGAAGACUCUCCUGGCCCGCGCCAUCGCCUCCCAGAUGGACGCCAACUUCCUGAAGGUGGUUUCCUCGGCCAUUGUGGACAAGUACAUUGGCGAAAGUGCCCGCCUUAUCCGCGAGAUGUUUGCCUAUGCACGUGACCACCAGCCGUGCAUUAUAUUUAUGGACGAGAUCGACGCCAUCGGAGGUCGUCGCUUCUCGGAGGGAACUUCCGCUGAUCGCGAGAUCCAACGCACGCUCAUGGAGCUGCUCAACCAGAUGGACGGCUUCGACGCCCUCGGCCAGGUGAAAAUGAUCAUGGCCACCAAUCGUCCGGAUACCCUGGAUCCUGCCCUGCUGCGUCCCGGGCGACUCGAUCGAAAGCUGGAGAUUCCGCUGCCCAACGAAGUGGCCCGCACGGACAUCCUCAAGAUACACGCCGGACCGCUGUCCAAACAGGGGGAAAUUGAUUACGAGGCGGUGGUCAAGCUGUCAGAUAUGUUUAAUGGUGCCGAUCUGCGGAACAUUUGCACCGAGGCCGGGCUUUUUGCACUGCGCUGCGAUCGGGAGUAUGUCAUCCAGGAGGAUUUCAUGAAGGCUGUGCGCAAAAUCGCUGACAACAAAAAGCUUGAGUCGCGGUUGGACUACAAGCCCAUCUAAAAACGAAUUGGAUAGCUAAAGUCUGCCCAAAGUGUUCAUAAAAAUACGUUAUACGAGUAUUCAUAAAAAUUGUUCCUUACUAUGAACUUUAAUCAUAAAUACCAGCAUGAAUAAAAAUGACCACGCAAACUA